AAGAGAGAGAAGUAUCACGAGUGGGAGGAGAAAGGUGGGGUAAGGGCAGAGGGAAAGGGAGAAGGAGGCUCCCCGGUGAGCAAGGAGCCCAAUGCGGGGCUCCAUCCCAGGACCCUGGGAUCAUGAACUGAGCUGAAGGCAGACGCGCAACCGACUGAGUUACCCAGGCACGCCCCAAGUACAGUUUCUACUGAAUGCAUAUCAUUUCCACACCAUGGUAAAGUUGACAAAUCCUAAGUAGAACCAUGGCAAGUGGGAAGACCAUCUGUAUUGGAAAUAAUAUUUAGUAUAUAGUAAGCCUGGAUUAAUGUAUACCAAAUUGUUUAUACGUUCUGGUGAAGAGAUUGGGGGUAAAUUUUAUGUUUUAUAUUUCCAUAUUAUCUGAAUUUUUACAAAGAAAAUGUAUUACAGUAAAAAACGCAAUAGGUGGGGAGUGGGUGGGAGAAAUGGGUUAACUGGGUUUUGGUGGAUCUUUUUUUUUUAGUUAAAAAAAAUUAAACAAAAACAAGUGUUGGAGACCUGACAUGUGCUUAAACUUCCCAAAAAUCAGGACAAAGAGAUAAAAGGAAAAACAAAAAGCAAAAAACCUAAAUGGAUAUUUAAAAAACCCUUUCCAUCCUCUCUUUACCUGCAGUAUGGAACAGCCCUAGACUUACUCAUUUCUAUAUCCUACUCACUUAGCCCGAUACCCAGCGCAAAGUCGACACCAAGUGUGCAUGAGCGGAACGACUCAAUAAACGUGCAGGCAAGAAAGGACUCUUCACCAGGCCGAAGGAUGAUGACUUCCAGAACAAAUCCAAAAUGCACAGAGUUUACAUUUCGUUAACAAGGUUUCAAAUCACAUUGGCACAGGUGGGCAUGGGCGGCUUGUUUUAGUGCAAUACACGUCCAGCCAAUCAGGCGCCUCGAGUUCACCUCUCCGGGCCCCAGCGCACGUGCGGACAGACUUCAAACUCUCCACUCUCAAGUUUCCAGGUCCAGUUAACGCAGCGAGCGACUCUUUCGCUCCCCCCAGUCUCACGCAUGCCCCCUCUCCUUGCAGAGCCCAACGCUUCGAGCCCAGUUCUCCCCGGCUUCAACCACCUCGGCAAUUUACUUCCCCCACGUUGUUAAUACAACUGAGCCUGAGGCGGAAGUGGGCGGGCGGGGCAGUCGCGCGCCCCGCCCCGGAAGUGGGCGGGCCCAGCGGGCCCCACAGUCGUCCCGGCCGCCUCCCAGUCGGGUUGCGGCCGAGGCCGGUCCUGGCUUUGUAGCUCGCUCAAGAUGGCGGCGCAGCCACCCAGCGGGAUCCGCCUCAGCGCGCUUUGCCCGAAGUUUUUACAUACAAAUUCUACUAGUCACACUUGGCCAUUCAGUGCAGUUGCUGAACUAAUAGAUAAUGCUUACGAUCCUGAUGUGAAUGCUAAACAGAUAUGGAUUGACAAAACAGUGAUAAAUGACCAUAUAUGCUUGACAUUCACUGAUAAUGGGAAUGGUAUGACUUCAGAUAAGUUACAUAAAAUGCUAAGCUUUGGCUUCAGUGACAAAGUCACCAUGAAUGGUCAUGUCCCAGUUGGAUUGUAUGGGAAUGGCUUUAAGUCAGGUUCUAUGCGUUUGGGUAAAGAUGCAAUCGUGUUCACCAAAAAUGGAGAAAGCAUGAGUGUGGGCUUCUUAUCUCAGACCUACUUGGAAGUCAUUAAAGCAGAUCAUGUUGUUGUCCCAAUAGUGGCAUUCAACAAACACCGACAGAUGAUAAAUUUAUCAGAAUCCAAAGCAAGCCUUGCAGCAAUUCUGGAACAUUCUCUGUUUUCUACGGAACAGAAAUUACUGGCCGAACUGGAUGCUAUCAUGGGUAAGAAGGGGACGAGGAUCAUCAUCUGGAACCUCAGAAGUCUACAAAAUGCAACGGAGUUUGAUUUUGAUAAGGAUAAAUAUGACAUCAGAAUUCCUGAAGAUUUAGAUGAGACAACAGGGAAGAAAGGGUACAAGAAGCAAGAGAGGAUGGACAAAUUGCUCCUGAGAGUGACUAUUUCCCUGAGGGCUUACUGUAGUAUAUUAUACCUAAAGCCAAGAAUGCAGAUCAUCUUACGUGGACAGAAAGUGAAGACACAGCUGGUUUCAAAGAGUCUUGCCUACAUCGAACGUGAUGUUUAUCGACCCAAAUUUUUAACUAAAACGGUGAGAAUUACUUUUGGAUUCAACUGCAGAAAUAAAGACCAUUAUGGGAUAAUGAUGUAUCACAGAAAUAGGCUCAUCAAAGCUUAUGAAAAAGUUGGAUGUCAGUUAAGGGCAAACAAUAUGGGUGUUGGAGUAGUGGGAAUUAUAGAGUGUAAUUUCUUAAAGCCAACUCAUAAUAAACAAGAUUUUGACUAUACUAACGAGUACAGGCUGACAAUAGCAGCGUUAGGAGAAAAGCUGAAUGAUUACUGGAAUGAGAUGAAAGUGAAGAAAAAUGCAGAAUAUCCUCUAAAUUUGCCAGUUGAAGAUAUUCAGAAACGUCCCGAUCAGACAUGGGUUCAAUGUGAUUCCUGUCUAAAGUGGCGAAAAUUACCAGAUGGAAUAGAUCAGCUUCCAGAAAAAUGGUAUUGCUCCAAUAACCCUGACCCACAGUUCAGAAAUUGUGAUGUUCCAGAAGAACCUGAAGAUGAGGAUUUGGUGCAUCCCACUUAUGAAAAAACCUACAAAAAGAAAGACAAGGAAAAAUUCAGGAUCAGACAACCGGAAAUGAUCCCUCGGAUUAAUGCUGAACUCUUGUUUCGGACAACCCCCGUGUCAGGUCAAAGCUUUCCUCCUGUGAAGGAAAGUGUUCCAAGAGGACAUCUUUCAGAAGUGGCAAAUACUUACGCAACAAGACUUAUAAAUAAUCAUCGAGGUUCACCUCAGUCUGAACCUGAAAGCAACAACCUGAAACGGAGACUUUCUACUCGUUCGUCCAUUUUGAAUGCAAAAACUCGGAGAUUGAGUAAUCAAGCAUUUGAAAAUUCAGCUUAUAAAGAUGAUGAUGAUGAAGAUGUCAUCAUCUUAGAAGAAAACAGUACUCCCAAACCUGCAGUAGAUCAUGACAUUGAAGUGAAAUCAGAACAGAGUCACAUCGAGCAAAGUGGUCAUCAGGUUGAGCCUCCGGCUGAUAAGGAACCUUGUGCCCUGACUGGUUCAUCAGGCGUCUCAUCAUCCAGGUGUGAUCAGGGAACCACUGCGGCCACCCAGACUGAAGCCCCGAGUGUAGUUGUUAAAAAGGAAGAGGCACUUGAAGAUGAGAUAGACGCACGAAAUGAUGCAGCCGUGCCGCCAGCCUGUGUGGAAGCUGAAGGGAAGGCACAGGAAACCCAGGACACCUUUGAUAAAUCUGCGGGUGAUGCUAGUUGCCAGCUAAAUGAACUGAGAAAUGAGCUGCUUCUAGUUACCCAAGAAAAAGAAAAUUAUAAAAGACAGUGUAAUGUGUUUACUGACCAAAUCAAAGUGUUACAGCAGAGGAUACUGGAAAUGAACGACAAAUACGUGAAGAAGGAAACUUGCCAUCAGUCUACCGAAACUGAUGCUGUAUUUUUACUGGAAAGUAUUAAUGGCAAAUCUGAAAGUCCAGACCAUGUGGUAUCUCAGUAUCGGCAAGCUUUGGAGGAAAUAGAAAGGCUGAAGAAACAGUGUAGUGCUUUGCAGCAUGUGAAGGCGGAAUGCAGUCGGUGUGCCAGUAGUGAGAGCAAAAGUGAAGUGGACGAAAUGGUUGUGCAGCUUGACGAUGUGUUUAGACAGCUGGACAAGUGCACUGUGGAGAGGGACCAGUAUAAAAGUGAGGUUGAAUUAUUGGAAAUGGAAAAAUCACAAAUCCGUUCACAAUGUGAAGAACUGAAAACUGAAAUUGAACAAUUAAAAUCUACAAAUCAACAGUUAGGAGCAGAUGUUUCAACUUCAAGUAACAUUGAGGAGUCUGUAAAUUAUACUGAUGGGGAAAGCCUCAAACUUCGAUCUCUUCGAGUUAACGUAGGACAGCUGUUGGCCAUGAUUGUACCUGAUCUCGAUCUUCAGCAAGUGAAUUAUGACGUUGAUGUGGUUGAUGAAAUUUUAGGACAAGUUGUCGAACAAAUGAGUGAAAUCAGUAGUACUUAAAGUCUAUUUUAAGUGAGAUAAUGAAAAUAUUUGCUCAGUCCUGUGGUUGUAUAGCUUUCAUAAUGGAAACACUUUUGUUUUAUGGAUAUGACAAGUGACAGACUGAAGAACCGUAAUCUUUACUGUAUUCUAUGCAUUCAAGUGUGGUCCCAAUACUGUGGGCACACUUACCACACCUUUUGAAAUGCCUGAGAAUCAUUCUUACUGAACGGCUGAACAGCUCACUCAUGAUUAUGUUUUGAAGUGUAAAUACUGUAAUUAAGUCUGCACAUAUUUUUUUAUUACCCUAGAGGACUUAAGUGUUUUUCACCAAGAGCUUUUCAGGUUGCCCCUAACCUUUGUGCAAUUUUUUCUGGUUCCUAAAGUGUAUUUUUCUCUGAAGUGAGGGCCGUGCCAUAAUACAGAUGGAAAUGUUACCUUUGAUUUUCUUACAGAAAAGUUUUUAAAAAAUGGAAUUAUGCUCCUGAUAAGUUGUAAGUGAAUUGAACAUUAAUGUUUCUUUUCUAUAAAUUCUUAUCUCCUGAAAUAUGUUAUUCAUGGAAACAAGGUAAGCAGAAACUCUCCAACCAUUUUAUCAGGAUUUUCCUUGUGCUGAGAUUGCCAAUCAUAGUUAAACGCAGUGUUUUUAUAGAACAAAGAAAUGAUCUUUAGUAUAAAAAAGCAUCAGAAAUAUUAAAUGUCCCACCACGUUUACUUUGAAGCCCAUUUUUGGCUGCUUCUUCAGCAUGGAAUGGGCACAGUAAUUGUUUAAUAUUUCUUUUUGUGGAAUUUCCUGUACAGCCUUUUGUAGGAUUACUACAGGUUAAUGAGAGUUGAGGAAGACAAUCUUUCUCAAACAGUACAGUAUACUUUUCAUUAUAUUACAGAGCUAAGUGUUUUAUGUCCUGGAGGUAAGCAGCAAACUGCCCUAGGAUUAUAGUAUUACAUGCCAUAAAAAUUAUGCUUUAUUGGUUCCUUGUUUGUGCAAUUUUAAAGAGAUGGCUUUCUAUUAAGUAUAACGAUGUAUAUAUAAUUAAGAAUCAUAUUUUCCACAACUGAAAUGUGCAUUAUUUUUUUUCAAAGUUUUAUCAUUGCUAUUUAUUUUUACUUUUGUUUCUGAACAUUCAGUACAUGUUUCUUUUGUAUGUAUGCUUAAUUACAUGUCUUUCAUAUACAAUAUUAAAUUUUUACUGUACAUUAACUUCUAGAAAAAGCAAAUAAAUGAAGGUUGCUUUUAUUUGCUUGAUAAAGUAAUUGAAAGUGUAUUUUUGGUAUGAAGCUGGUUUUCUGUCCUAAUUGUAUCUGCCCAAAUUUUAAAAUAUCUUGUAAUAAAAUAAAAAUAUAUAUGAUGGCUAA